UCGACAGACUCCCUGCCGUGGGAAGGUUCCUGGGUCGUUUACGACCCAGCUCACCGGACAACAUCGAGACCAAGGCGCUGCCUUCUUCAACUCCGAUUCCGACUCCGAUUCCUGCACCUGGGGCCACGACGAAGGGUCUGUUCCUGAUCUCCAAGGUGGAUACUUUCCUCCCGUGAAAGCCACACCUCAUCGACCGGCCAACCCGAGUACCACGCAUCUAACUCCAACCGGAGCACUCUGUGGUGACGCACUCACUGGCCUCGUCUACAAGAACGUCAAGACUCCUCUCCAAGCUCGGCCUCAGCGAAUCUAACUAUUCGGGACGGAUAAUACGCAACACACCGCGUUCUACACAAAUCACACUCGUCCACCUAUCCGUACACAUCCAAGAAAUAAUUUACCUGUACAUA